AUGUCCUCAAAUCGUAAACCUGCUAGUAGCCCUUUUGGUCAACCGCCGGCUGCCUCGCCAUUUCUCAAUCAGUCAUUCCAUCGUUCACUAUCAAAAUCUGCUCCACCACUCACGGAUCAACCAACAAAUCAGAUCACAUGUCAUCAAACUUUGGCCCAUGGACAGACUGCUGGGUAUGGGCAAACUGUUAGCAGUAACUUCUCCUCAAGGUUAAACUGUGUGUCACAGGAAGAUAGACAAAAGGAACUCGGUUUAGUGAACGCAAACAAGGCCUUCAUACGCACAACUUGUGGUCUCUUCCCCUCCAGCACCAAUUUGAUCCAAAAGGCAAAUAUUCCAGUGGGAGCGGUUAUCACGCCUAUGGCCCCCAUUGAAACGAAUGUUCCAGUAGUGUCCCAUGGCAAUUCAUUAGUAAUACGCUGCAAAUUAUGUCGUACAUACAUUAACCCUUUUAUCAAGGUGAAAGGAAAUGGUUCUUGGUGGCUCUGCAAUAUGUGCGGGGUAUCUAAUGAGACGCCCGAACAGUAUAUCCACCUACUAGCUAAGCAAGCUAGCCAACCUGACACAAUACCAUGCGAUGAGGACCCAUUGGGAAUUCUGAAUGGAUCAGUUGAGUUUGUCGCCUCGGUUGAUUACAUGGUCAGGCCACCCCAACCUCCGACCUUUAUGUUCGUUAUUGAUGUUUCGGCACCAGCCGUACAGUCUGGAAUGCUUGAGCUUGUAUGUAAUGUAAUUAAGAAUGCGCUUAGCGAUAAACAUACCCAUGGUUCGCACAACAAUAGGACCUUAGUGGGCAUAAUAACAUACGACUCUAGUGUACACUUUUACGAUUUGAAUGCGGGCAAUAAGACGGCAAAGAUGCUAGUCAUAUCGGAUUUGGAAGACAUGUUUUUGCCAUUGCCUCGGGACAUUCUGGUUAACCUAUCCGAAUCCUAUAAGGUUAUUGAAGGUUUAUUGGACAAUUUACCCAGUACCUGGAAGGACACUAAAAUCUCGGGGAAUUGCAUGGGUUCAGCAAUUAGUGCUGCCCAUUUAGCUUUGAGACAGAUUGGGGGACAAAUGUGCGUUUUCACAUCCUUGCCUCCCACUCUAGGCGAAUAUUUUAGCAAGGUUUCUUACAAGGAAUCCCAGUCUAAUUCCUUAGUUUCAACAUUCAGAGAUUUUUGUACAACCCUAAGCCAAUCAAAUAUUUCAAUUGAACUGUUCGUCUGUACUUCCCAGCCCGUGGAUAUUACUACUCUACAGACUUUGACCGACCAGACUGCUGGGAGCAUCCACUACUAUCCGUCUAAGACUCAUCACUACAAUUAUAAGCUUAGGAACGAGUUGUACCACGUUUUAACUAGGGAAACUGGGUGGGAAGCGGUGAUGAGAGUGAGAGUCAGCAAAGGGUGGAAGAUUACUAAUUGGUUUGGACAUUACUAUUUGCGUGGGUCUGACCUCCUGGUGUUGCCUACAUGCCACUCGGACCAGACCUUCUCUAUUACUUUUGACAUACAAGAAAAUGUUACUCAGGAGUCAAUAGCUUAUUUCCAAUCGGCAUUGCUUUAUACAAAUUCAGAUGGUGAACGAAGAAUACGCGUGCACAAUUUUGCUGUGCCUGUAACGGAUAACUACAAUGAAUUUGUGAAGACUUUGGACCCAGAGGCCUGCAUGGCACUUUUAUGUCACCAAUCGAUCCAGACAGCCAAAAAUGGCAGAUUAGCUGAUGGGCGUAACUUUUUACAAUCUUCGUGCUCCAAAAUUUGCCAGCAGCAAGCGGGAGGGAUCACUGAACAAACGAAAAUGUUGGCUAUGUAUAGUUUGGGUCUGCUUAAAAGCGUUGUGUUUAGGGAGACAAAGGACGUAACGCCAGAUUUGCGUAGCUAUCAUUGGUCAAGGUUACAGUCACUUCCUGUGGACUUUGUGGCGGCUUUUUGUUACCCCCCCCUUUAUCCACUACAUGAUUUGAAUGCCUUGGAUUCUGCUGAAAGUAUGGCCGGUAUAUUGCCGGAGAAACUGAGCCUAAGUCACGAAAACCUGUCGCAGGAUGGAGCAUAUCUACUCGAAGAUGGUGAAUCCAUGUACCUGUGGAUAGGGAGGGCUAUAAACUCGCAAUGGUUACAAUCAGUGUUUGGCGUACAUACAAUUGAGAAUCUGCAUCCUGAAUCUGCUGUUUCUUAUAUUGGUUCGGGGGGUAGUACCUUGGGCGUCAAAAUACAAAACAUAAUUAGAACACUGCGCAAUUAUAGGUCUUCGUAUAUGCCACUGAACAUUAUAAGGCAGGGUGAUCCUAUGGAGUUUAAAUUUUACGCGUUCCUGGUGGACGAUAAGUCGCAGGCGCUGAUGCUGACACUGAGCGAGUUUAUUGAUAAAAUUGCCCCCAAAUCUCCGCUAAAUUUUCAGACAUCUGUCUCACAGCCAAUGCUGCAGCAUAUGCCAUCUCCAGAUCCAUAUCGAUUCGGAUUCUCUAGUGCUCCCCCACAACCAGGCAAGCCAGGACCAAUGGGCAGUGGAUACGGGCCACCCCCAAAAUUUGCUCCUCCACCCCCUCCACAAAAAUUCAACUCAUAA